AUGAUCCUUUUGGGUGCACCCAACCUGCGGGAUUACCUGAUGGCUUGUCCAGAUUCCCAGUUCGACCUAGACCAUCCCGACCUGCCAACCCCGGCUAUCCGCGAUGCCAUCAUUCGUUACCGGGCCGAAGGCUACUCACCCGUCGCGGAGAGGUUGUUUGAAUUCCUUCCAUUUUGCCGCCUGCGGAACCUCGCAUCGCUCCGCAUCUACUGCCAGAGGGAGGACGGUGACCGCCAGCUGACCCUCUCGCGCUUGAUAGCCGACCAUGCCGUCGAGAUUCUCCCGAUGCUACCGAAUAUCAAGACGCUCGAGCUUUGUUGCGCUUCUGCGGAUAGCAUCGUCGGGCGCGGUGCCGUACUUCCCCCGUUACCGCACAUCGAGCAUCUCCGCCUCUACGGCAGCCACAUUCACGAGCCGAGGCUAGUCGCACUGUGCCUCGCCUGCGUCAACCUGCAGACCCUAGUUGUGCACUUCGAAGCGACUACGUCGGACGAAGAUCGGGAUCUAUUACCGGAGGGCACAACACUAAGCGAGGCGCUUCUCGGCUUGACGGGCACAUUACGGACCCUUGAGCUGGUUUCCAUGUCCGAAGGGCAUUAUUUAACCCGCGGCAUGGAACGGCCGAGGAAACCAGAGAACCACAGGCUGCGGUGCAUCCCCGAACUCACACGGCUGGAAACCGUCAUGCUCGAUUAUCGGGGCGUCUUUGGGACACUGGGCAUUCUCGACGAAGAUGACGGGGAGCGGUUAUGCCAGCUACUGCCCCGUUCGGUCCGCGAUUUCACGCUUGUCUGUGAAUGGGGCACCGACAGGGACUGGAAGCAGACUUACCUUGCCAACUUGGACAUGAUCCUCCACGGCGUCGAAUGCCUAUGCGCGAGCAAGGCUCACCGGUUGUCCAGCAUUUCACUCGCCAUUCACUCGUGGCCAGCGGAAAGCAAAUUUCACAGGCGUUUUAGGCGAGAAGUUGAAACCGCCCGGCAACGCUGUGCGAAGGCAGGGAUAUUAUUCAGGACCUUUGAUCUGCUUCCGUCCUAUCAAGAUGAAGAUGAGGCCCCGGCCAACGAGGACGACCAGGAUUUCGAAGCAGAAGAAGAGUACGAGGACGCAGAGGAUGGAGAAACCGGCCAUCUCGCGCCAGAGGAGGACCUCGAGCUGGAGGAGGAGGACGAGGCAUCAGAGUACUACUUUUCGGGUGACGAAGAGUCAGACCCAGAAAGGGAAGCUCGCCGGCCACCCACGUUCAACGACUUCCUGCGGCAGCUGGGUGAUGACCAUGGGCAUGGCUUAGACGAACUGUUCUAUGCCUAUCACGAAGAUCGAUGGGACGAAUACCUAUUUUGA